UCGAGUGCAGUUGUCAAAUCAAAAUGAGACGUUUUCUAAUAAAUGUAGUUGUGAUACUUUUAGCACAACAAUUCUCCGCUGCUGCAGCUUUUAUGGACGAGACUUGUGAACUGAACCGAGAAAUGGAACAACAGUGUCGCAGUUAUACUUACUCCGUUGUUAAGCCUAUGCUAGACUACUUGCACCAAGUGAGCGAAGAGCUACAAGAAAGCAAAUCAAAAGAUGAAAUCAUAAAGGACUUAAGAGAAAAGUUAGCUCAGCAGGAAAUAAAUGAGGCAUUGAUAAAUGAAAUGCGAUCUCAAAUUGAUUUCCAAAAGAGAAUAGAUAGUCUAACUAAGAGCAAUAAGAAAUGCAAGGCCGAAUUAGCGAGUAAAUCUGCGGAGUUAGAUAGAUUGAAUGUUGAAAUGAAGAAACUAAGUUCUAGCCUUCUUGAUAAGGACAAAGAAAUUGUAAAAAUUAAUAUCAGCAACAGUGGAGUUACAAUUAGAGCCGAUCUUUAAACAUGAUAAACAUACCAUUUUUUUUUUUAAAUUCAUAAUUUCCACUUAACAUCACAGUUGCGUAUGACCUCAAACACCCAUCGCCAUAAUCGUAUAUAGUACACUGUAAAUAAAACUACUAAUAAAACUUUAUGAAGCACAAGUUGAUUUAAAGAGACACGUAUCCUGUGCAUGUCGAGGACAGUAGUUGAAAAAAUGCAGCCAUGUCGAGUGUUGGCUUUUAUCUCUGGUGCUGUUGUAUUUUGGCUACAAUUCAUUUUGGUCACAAUUCAUUGAAACCUGUCGAUAAAAGUGGCUGUGAAUUUGACAAUGUUAUUCACAUAAUUUCAAUGUUUCAACCCUUUAUGCAUUUCAACAACUUUGUGUUAUUUGUGGGACAUUCGCAUGAGGCUAAAGGAAGCGCAAUUGCCACAUCUCUUCAUCGCAGUGUCAUGCACACUUUCGGCCGUCCAGUGAUUGUUGCUGGCUGUGAUACUGGGCCACUUAAUCAUAUUAUUACCACUUACAAUUUAGGCCUGGUUCUCUUCACUGGCAUUCAAGAUCCCAUACUCAAUGUGGUUAUAAACGCAUUGGGCAAAAAUUCGAUCUCGACGAUUCCGAUUCUCUUCGUAUACAAAUCGUCAGAUGGUUUACCACUCACAGCAAAUGGGAGAGCUGAAUUUUUUCAUUGGUGUUUGAAAUACGAUUUCCGAAAUACGAUGAUAACUUUCGAAAACAAGACUCAUGAUCUGGAACUGUGGACAUAUGAGAUGUAUGAUGACAUGCUAAUACAUCGAGUAACACAAAUACCGAACAGCUUUAAAAGAAAUCACCAAUCAUUGAUAUAUCAACGUCAGCUGAAGGUUGCUGUAUAUCAAAAUUUGCCGUUUGCUUUUGUGUUAAACUCUAGCGAUCAUCGGGAUUUAACUGGAGGUGGAAACGUAAGCCUUGGAGGCGAAACCGGGAUUUUGUUGGCCGAGUUUGUUCGCUUCAUUGGCGGAACGUUGCAGAUCAUUCCACUGUCAAGAGAAGAAUAUUUUACCAAUGUGACAGUUGGCGAUAGAAUGAUUGAUUUUGGUGCUAAUAUGCUGCCUAGUACGGAAGCUCCCACCGGAAUUAGUCCUCUGGUGAUAGCCACAAAAUAUUGUUUAGUCGUACCCUUUGAACGUCAGGUGCCUCUAUCAAAAUUUUGCACAGUUUUCUUUAGGAUUCCCACUUUAAAUGUAGUCUCCAUAAUUAUUCUUAUUGUCGUGGCACUAAUCAAACGAUUUAUAAAUCCACACAAGCCUAUUGCUGAUAUAAUUUAUAUGUCAUUUCAAGUCCAUUGGGGACAGGCGAUACCAAUUCGAACCAUUAAUCGUAUGGGUAUAGCCGAAAAGAUUCUGACAAUUUGCGGAUUGAUCUUUAAUCUCUAUAUAACAACAAUUUUAUCUUGCAUCUUGGCCACGACACUAACUACAGGCAAUCGUAUGCCUGAAAUUAUCGACAUUGAAUCAUUUGUGGCAAACGACAUCAGUAUCAUGAUUUCUGAAAAUCAGAUGAAGGAACUCUCGCAAGUCGAUAAUAUUCCUGUGGAAUUAUCCAGGCGUAUGUUUGUUGUGCCUCAGGAAAUACUUGAGCGACAUUUAAAUUCCCUUAACGAUAGUUACGUAUACCUAAUGGAACCACAACGAUUUGCACAAAUGAAGUUUAUGCAACAGCGCUUGCGGCGACCCAAACUAAAAAUGGCACCCGAACCUCUAUGCACUCUCGAUCUAUAUCUCCGAUUGCCCAUUCGACAAGAAUUAAGUUUCCUGUUGGUUUUGACACGCUUUGUUCAAGAUGCCACAGAAUCGGGACUGAGAGAGAAAUGGAUGCAAAUGGGAUUUGAGCAGUUAAAGCAGGCAAAUAUGAUUCGACAAGCUCCUUACGAUCCACCUUCAUUGAGGGGCCUUUCACUAUCAUUCUUUACAUUUGGGUUCCAGAUUUAUGCUACUGGCAUAAUAUUGAGCCUGAUUGUUAUGCUAAUUGAAUGUAUCUAUGGCUACUGGUUAAAACGAUCUAAUAAUUAUAAUAAUGUAAUAAUAGUAUAAACAUAUUAUAUAAAUUCAAUUCUUGUAUUGUUUCUUUAU